GAAUAACCAUCAUCGUCGUGUUCUACAACGCACUUUUCCAGUUGAGACUCGAUAAUACGGUAUCUUCGCGCUCGUGAGCUCGCGUCUUGAGGAAUUACGAGACGUGCUUCGGUUCACGCGACCUCGUGAUGCAUGCAUACACACCACGUGUGCUUCGUAUUUCCUUCCCACUCCGCGCACGUUUGACAAGUUGCAUCGCUCCGACGCACUCGGCAGUGACAGUCGACAGUGUCGUGUUGUACAGGCAGACGCACGCUCGACGUAAGCAGAGAGAGAUCAUAUACCGUUAUCGGAGGUUAUCUUUCAGAAAUAUUGUGGUGAACGAUAAUUUGGCAAAUGAGACGGCAGAGAGAACAAGUUAAUAUCAGAAAGCGUGGUGUUUGCGUGAGUGUGGUUGUAUUCGGAACUUUGAUCGGAUGCACGUUAUUAGCGUAUACGGCAUUUGCGGAUCAAACUUCUAAGAAUGGCACGUUGCAGCAGGUGGUCUUCCUGUUUCGUCAUGGUGACCGAAACCCCACGGAAACUUACCCGAAGGACCCUUACUUAAAUUACUCUUGGCCCGGCGGUUGGGGUGCUUUGACCAAGAAGGGAAUGCAGCAACUUUAUAAGGUGGGUCAAUGGAUUCGCGAGGAGUACGGCGUGAUAAUCGGCAACAAAUAUAAAAGUGCGAACACGUUGGUGCGUAGCACUUUUGCCGAGCGGUGCAUCAUGUCAGGGCAAGCACUUCUCGCGGGACUAUUCCCGCCGAGUCGUGAGGACAUGUUCGUACCCAAUUUGGAAUGGACACCUGUUCCUGUGUACUCGAUACCGCGAGAGAUGGACAAGUUGAUAGCCGUAAAAGCGCCAUGCUCACGACUAGCGGAGGCUCUGAAGCAAGCCUAUUUUGAGGAGGAGAAAAGAUCGGGCGAAGAAAUGGCUGAUUAUUACAAGAACUUGACGAAAUAUACAGGACAAAAUAUGACCACGAUCACCGACGUCGAGUUUCUUUACAAUACUCUCGAGAUCGAAGAAAAACACGGGUUAAAACUUCCGAACUGGACUCAGAAAUUUUACAACAACGAGAUGCGCGAAAUAGCCGCUCGCAGUUUGGCGCUUUUCACUGACAACGAUAUUCAGAAACGUCUUCAAGGAGGUCCGUUAGUAAAAGAAAUUCUACAACAUAUGGAAGAGACUAUAAUUCAGCCGCAAUCAAGACGUGCUUACUUCUAUUCCGCUCAUGACAUAACUAUCGUUAAUACGAUGAGAACGAUGGGAUUUACGAGUAAGCGUCUCAAACCGGAUUACGGGGCGACGUUCAUUCUCGAAUUGCAUCUCGCCGAUAACGGGGAUCAGGAAGUGAAGAUGCUAUAUCUGAACAAUUCGGAAACGAAAAUUGCGUCACCUCUGGAAAUACCUAACUGCGCGAGUCCUUGUUUAUUGCAAAAUCUGAAGAAUAUCUGGAGUAAAAUAAUUCCGGAAAACUGGGAUGCGGAAUGCAAAAUGUGACAAACUGUAUAGUUCCGUGUGCGUCCAAAACUUUUCACAUAUCAAAUAUGCAUAUUUGAUAAUAUCUCGUCAUGACAAAGACGCAAGGCUUAUUUUCAGCACUCCCGGCAAUGAUUUAGACGCAAAACUCGCAUUUAACGAGCCAAAAUGAUAGGAACGAGAAAAUUCGCGAAAUAUUUUACACUUCCGUAACCGUUUUUCAGCAGAACAGAAACUUUUGAUACAACUCCAAUAUAACAAACUGUAAGCGAGCAAAUAAAGUCUACGAAAUUAUUAGA